GGAGAACAAUAAUUCAUCAUAGUCAUUCAGGUUUUCGAAGAUGACACGAGGAGUUGUAUUUAUUUUUUCGACUUUAUUUAUCCAAGUGCUCCUCGGGUUUAUUUCGAAGACUGAUUCUACAAUAUUAUCGUUUAAUCAAACUAAUAAUGAUAAUGUUGCGAGUUUUGUGAGGAAACGCCCUGAUGAAAUAGGCCACAAUGAAGAUGCAGAUCUGGACGCGAGAGCUUUAAUCAGGAAAUAUGGCUAUCGAGGUGAGAGCCACAAGGUAACGACUGAAGAUGGAUAUAUUUUAGAAAUGCAUAGAAUAACUGGUCCAAAAAAUAAUUCAAAUCCAGAAGGUAAAAAAGUUGUAUUUUUAAUGCAUGGAAUAUUGUCAAGUUCUAUCGACUGGAUUAUUGCUGGACCUAAUAAAGCACUUGCAUACUUAAUUGCUGACGAAGGAUAUGACGUUUGGCUCGGUAACGCAAGAGGCAAUCAUUUUUCCCGACAACACACACAGUUAUCGGUACUCGAUAAAAAAUAUUGGUCAUUUAGUUGGCACGAAAUUGGAACAAGAGAUCUACCAGCAAUGAUUGAUUAUGUCAUUGAUAAUACGAGACAAAAAAAAAUAUUUUAUGCUGGUCAUAGUCAAGGAACAACAACAUUUUUUGUAAUGGCAUCUGAAAAACCAGAGUACAAUGAUAAAAUAAUAGCAAUGUUUGCACUUGCACCAGUUGCAUAUGUUCAUCACAUGACCAGUCCAUUUUUCCAAAUACUUGCGAGGCUUGAAUCUUUAAUAACUGCACCAAUGAAUUUGAUUGGUCAACACGAAUUCGCUCCAACAAGUGAGUUUUUAAAAAGACUGAGUUCGAUUGUUUGUGAUGAAGAAGCAUGGUCACAGCCAGUUUGUGAAAAUAUUAUGUUUUUAAUUGCUGGUUUUGGAAGUGAUCAAACUAAUCGUACAUUACUGCCAGCUGUGUUAGGACAUGUACCAGCUGGUGCAUCAACACGCCAAGUUAUUCAUUACGCUCAACUCAUCAAAUCAAAGAAAUUCAGACAGUAUGAUCAUGGUUUUAUGGGGAAUAUGCUAUCAUAUGGGAAAAGAAAACCAGCAGCUUAUAAUUUAAAGCAAAUAACUGCCCCUGUUGUUCUUCAUUACUCUGUCAAUGAUUGGCUUUCAGAUGUAAAAGAUGUCAACCGGCUUGAGAAAGAACUCGGUAACUGUUACGCUAAAAUUCGAAAUCCAAAUUCAAAGUUUUCUCAUCUUGAUUAUCUUUAUGGCAAAGAUGCUCAUCGAAUUUUAUACUCAAAAGUAAUUGGAUUGAUGAAUACUUUUUCUAAAUAGAAAAAAAAAAAGAAAACAAUUGCUAGCGGAAUAAUAGACGAAUAAGUAUUCAUAUUUUGAUGUAGUUAUAUUAUAUACUGAUUUUUAUUAACGAUACAAAUUUCAAAAAAUUUAUCAUACAUUCUUAUUUGUAUAAAUUUCGACAUGAUGUUUACGAUGAGCAAAAAUAUAUUUUUUUUUGAAGAAUUAAAAACUGAUUGUUAUUGUAACAUCACAAUAUUAAAUAGUUCAUUUAAUAAAUGUUAUUCGAUCAUUACCACAUAUAUUGUAAAAUCGAAAACAUUAGAUUCAAAGUUCUGGAUUUUGUUGUUCAGUAACAGAUGGACCGGUGAUAAUUUAAGCGUCGGUUAAAUAAAUGUCAGCUCCACGUAAUCGGAUCACUGGGUCGAAAAACUUAGUAAGGAUAUUGCAGAGUCAGUUUUUCAAUAUGGAUUUUGUUGGAACAUAUAUUCAAUAUUAAAUAUCACAUAUAAUUAUUACUAUAAUUAUAAGGAUAUAUUAUUUUUCCUCACUGAGGCAUUUUUUUUACUACUUUUUUCCACGCGUUUGCGGUGGUAAAGUGAACUAUUAUCUCACUCUCCGCUCCACACGUCUUUUUCACUUUACCGUGCGUAACUUUCAUUUUACCGGAAGUUUUGGUUAAAGUGAAAAAGACGUGUACAGCGAAAAGUGAGAUAAUAAUUCACUUUACCACAACAAACGCGUUUAAAAAAGUAGCCAAAAAAAGUCCAAGUGAGGAAAAAUAUAUGUGAGAUUAGGGGGUUAAGCAGAAUUUUAUCAAACACUGCGAGUGAGGCGUUUGAUAAAACCCUACUUUACCCCCUAGUAUCACAAUAUACUAUUCCAUUCAUCAAACCUGCAAUUCAAAUAUUUAUAUUAAACUUGACUAACUAUUGGAACAACAUCAGCAUAAUAAUCUUUUAGACCAGAUGGUCCCUGUUCACGAUUUUAUAGGCCAAAUUCUUUACAGUUUUUUAUUGGUGGAGGGUGACGAAGAGUUUUUAUUCUUCGACCCUUUCUUUUUACACCUUCAUAGCCUAUUCUACGUAUUUCAUCAAUUCUGCAGUAUGUUGAUAUUGAUAUAAAUAAAACUUAUAUCAUUAUUAUUGUUAUUAUUGUUAUUAUUAUAAUCACAAAGUAAUGAAAUAGAUGAAUUCGCUACCGAUGAUGUA